UGUUGCACUGGACUCGGCAGGUUCUUCCAAUGGCUUGCUGCUGCGGUGAACUCUGCUCUGUGCUGCGUGUCUCCCUAACAGACCCAAAACAUCGCUUAGAUCAAUCAGCCACCCAGAGCAAAAGGGCCAGAAAAUGAAAUAAAGUAACACGACGGGGGCGUGGGAAAGAGACACUGGAAGACUGUUUUUUAGGUCGAUGGGCGCGGCUCAGGCGGUGAAUGGUGUUGAAGAUGAACGGGACGAAGACUACAACGGACGACAGAGAACAGUGGAUAAGCGGUGCCGGGAACUUUCUGAGAGCAGCAGAAGGGUCACAGACGAUGCGUGAGAAAAGAGUUGCAGCAAAGAAUGGGAAGCGGCCUUCGUUGGGGCAAAACCCGUUGUUCAGGGCGUUGCACAGCGGCGGAAGAGAAGCCAGGAAGGUGGACCAGCAGCGUGGCCGGGACGAAUACGACGACAGGGAGACGCAGCGGGGGAGGGCGCCGAGGAACGAGCUGCUGCAGCGUCUGGAUGGCGGCAGCCGGUUUGCGAAGAUGACGUUCUCGAAGGGAGCCAGGCUGCACACGGAGGCACCGCCGAAGCAGAACGCGUUGGCUGCGGCCCUCGGAAUGGGUGGCAGAGGAGGCCGCAAAGCCGGCGCUGCGGGGCAGAAGGGCAAGAAGAAGGUUGAUGGUGGCGGAGCAGUUAAACCGCUUCCCCGUGGGCCACGGGGGGCGGCCCCCGGAGGCCGUACGGGUAGUGCUGGCAACGGCGAGGUCCGUGGGGCCACGUUCACGGGCAAGAAAGCGCACGACAUCACGUUCCGGAACGCUUCAUUGCUUCCGUUCCUGCGGAUCGAGAACCUCACGGAGGACGCGUCGGAGUCGGACAUCACGAUGGUGUUGACGGAGCAGCUGGGCACCGUGUUGAAGGUGCUGAACAUGCGCACGACGCACAACAAGGUGCCGUCAGUGACGGUCGAGGCGUUUUUCCUACACGAGGACCAGCUGCAGAGCUACAUGGCGGCGCUGAACGGCGUCACGGCCGACGGACGGGUGCUGAAGGUGUCUAUCGGGUAUCACUCGACGAUCAUCAACUCGGACCAGCUGUGGAACGGGGUGUUGGAGGAGGUGAGGCUGCUGCGGCAACAAGCGAUGCGGCGAGGCCAGAGGCCGCAGAAGCCGCAGAGCCUAGGCGUGCGUGGAACGUGAACGAUAUCCAAGAGGAUGGAAAGAAAAAAAGGCUGGCUUUUGGCGGCUUUCAUAGAUAUAUAUACUAGAUAGAUGUGUACAAAGCUGGAUAA